AUGCCCGGGGGACAGCAUGCGUCACACGCAAGCGGACUUGGUGCCAGGACCAUCAGUCCUACGGACACGCGAAGAUUGAAGCGCAUGUCCAUGCACCAAACUCCGAGUCUCAACCAGGCGGCCAACGCGCCGCCACCACCGCCGCUCGAGCAUCGAGAGCAAUCUCGAUCUCCAUCAAUGAUACCCCGGAAGACAUCUGCCACGCCAUCGUCCUCCCGAACAACCCCGGACAUCAACAGAAAAUCCUACAGUUCCGGCCUUUCCAUCACCUCAACCAACAGUUUCAAUACAGUGAGAACAUCCACAGGCUCAAUUCAACCUCGAGCGCCUGUCGCAGGAAGUACUACAUCGCGGCUACCGGCGCCAAAGUCGUCGAACCCGCAUAAUCAUAACCCCCAUUCCGCCGAUGACGAGGAGGACGUCCCACCUGUACCUGCUAUUCCGAAAGCGUACGAAUCACCACAGCAGUCAGCCACGGAGGCAUCGUUUUUGGACAAGCGCAAAGCCAACCUCGCAGCGGAUGCUAGCAGCAUUAACAGCAAUUCAACUGGCAGCUUCUCCAUACCAUCCCUUCCCGAACCCGCUGUUAAGGUCGCCCGAAAGGCUAGUACCCGGAAGUCGACGAAUGCGGCCCCCUUGGAUGCCGAAAAGAAGGGGAACGCUCCUCAAUCGAGAAAGAACCCUCCACCCGUGCGGCUGCCCCCGAUUACUGUCGGCCCGCUGAAUCCAUCAACGACCGCGAAGAUUGCAGCUUUGGGCCAAAAUGGCCCCGACCGAAACCUGAGCCCCCCUCCCUCACGCAUCAUCGCCAAGACACCAACCACCCCCAUGACCGCGUCGAAAAGCUCCUUCUUCUCAAGAAAUAGGCACGACGACAAGUCUGAUUUUCCCAAUUUGCGAAGCAGCAGCACUGUGCACCACUCCCGAAUUGAUAGUGCAUCAGGUGCUGACGGCACAAGCUCGUCCGAGUCUUUCGCGGGGGUCCCGAUACCGGUACCUUAUAAAGCGACUAGAAAGCCCAGCGUAUCUCCGUUCCUGUCCUCCUCCGUGCCCAAGCCCGGCGCGGAUCCUGCUUUCCUGAAGAGGUCACAGACAGGCGACCUUGGGAAUAUCACAGAGCCUCUCGAAGUGAAGCCACCGCAGAAGCCUUCUGGCCCCCGUGCCCAACGGCCUGUGAAAGCAAAGUCUCCCACGCCGCCAAUCUCGGACCCGGAAGAACCACCUACUCCGUCUUCAAUGAGCUCUUUGCGUAGGAAGUUGAGCUUGUCGUGGAAACGUAAUACCUCCAAGACCGAUUCGAAAGCUAGCACAUCGGAAAAGACUGUCGAACGCAGUAUUAGUAAGGAGCAGAUGCCACCGCCGCGGUUGCCUAUCUCCGCAACGGUCGGGAAUCUCAGCUCAGCCAAGAACAGCCCAAGCCCGUCUGUCAAGGCGAACAACUCGUACCUCGAAUCAAGGAGGAGAAAGAGCUCAGCAGCGAGCCUGGGCCAUGAUAGAACUAAGAGUGAAAACUGGACCUCGGCCUCCGUCCCCAAGACUGUCAACGACCCGCACAACCCUUCCGUCAUGCAAAAGAUUCUGCGCCCGAAGGCAUCAGCAACCACCAUGCGUCACCACGACCCGUGGACUGCUGAGCUCGAUAAGGACGACCUAGUUGCCGAGGAAGAGAUGAAGAAGAUGGGCUCGAGAAGGAAAGAGACGGAGAUUGCGGCUAGGACCCUCGACGCAUUACGGAAACGUGCGACGCCAAAGGAACGAGUUGGUGCCCAGGAAGCUAUUCGGAUCGCUAUGCUCAACAUCUAUGAGCGUGGUGAAAUCGUUGACUAUAACGACGUCUACUUUUGCGGCACGCAGAACGCUCGCAAGGUGGUGGGCGAUCUUCAAUCCGAUGCCCCCAACUUUGGUUACGACGACGAACGUGGAGACUACACUAUCGUACCGGGAGAUCAUCUUUCGUACCGGUAUGAAAUCAUCGACGUACUUGGCAAGGGAAGUUUCGGUCAAGUCGUGCGGUGCAUUGACCACAAGACGGGUGUACUCGUGGCUGUGAAGAUUAUUCGCAAUAAGAAGAGGUUUCAUCAGCAGGCUCUGGUAGAAGUAAACAUUCUACAGAAGCUUCGCGAAUGGGACCCCAAAAACCGACACAGCAUGGUCAACUUUACUCACAGCUUCUACUUCCGGGGACAUCUGUGCAUUUCCACCGAACUUCUGGACAUGAAUCUCUACGAAUUCAUCAAAGCAAACGCUUUCCGCGGAUUCUCACUCAAGCUCAUUCGGCGAAUGACGAAACAGAUGUUGAGCUCCCUGAACCUGCUGAAGCAGCACAAGGUCAUCCACUGCGAUCUUAAGCCCGAAAACAUUCUGCUUCGGCACCCACUGCACUCGGAGAUCAAAGUCAUCGACUUUGGAUCUAGUUGUUUUGAGAAUGAAAAGGUGUACACCUACAUUCAGUCACGAUUCUACCGAUCACCCGAGGUCAUCCUAGGCAUGACGUAUGGUAUGCCCAUCGACAUGUGGAGUCUCGGAUGCAUCCUCGCUGAGCUUUAUACGGGAGUCCCAAUCUUCCCUGGAGAGAAUGAGCAGGAGCAACUUGCCUGCAUCAUGGAGGUCUUUGGUCCACCAGAGAAGCAUCUCAUCGAGAAGAGCACCCGCAAGAAGCUCUUCUUCGACUCCAUGGGCAAGCCGCGCCUGACCGUAUCCUCCAAGGGCCGAAGGCGCCGCCCUAGUUCGAAGACACUGCAACAGGUCCUUAAGUGUGACGACGAAGCAUUCCUGGACUUCCUGGCGAGAUGUCUGAGAUGGGACCCUGACAGGCGUCUCAAGCCUGAGGAAGCCAUCCACCACGAGUUUAUCAGCGGCAAGAAGAUGUCUGCUCCUCUGCCCCGAGUUCCGACAGCACGUGAGGCAUCACCGGUGAAGCGCCACACCGUCGGUGCGCCGCGACCUCUUCCCGAACCUCCCGCUUCCGGGCUCAAGAGCGGCAUUCGAUCCCGAGACGUUAGCGGCGCAAGCCCUCACAAGCCCGUGUCAACGGCAUCAUCUCGCAGGCCCUCUGUGGCGACUAGUGGAACGGUUCACGUUGCUACAGCCAAACGCACCAGCACAGGUCAGGGGGGUGUUACCAUUGGCACUAGCAGUCUCCCACGCGCGGCAAUUAGGAGCGUCAGCGCCAAACAAGACUUGGCUUCCGCCGGAGCCACUGCAGCCAUGAGUCGGAGGGGUUUGUGA